UGCCUUGUCGAUUUGUCGACCAAUCAUGACUAAGAACCUUAGCAAGACCAGCGGACGUCAUCUCAUGUGUGCUCGAAAAGAAAAUCUGCUAGUUUGCGGGGUGUCUAUGCGCGGGAUCUAGGGCCGAUAAAGGCAUCUGAAAAAUGGCAACAAAUGUAAGUCUAGACGGAAGUCUCACAGAAAACAAAUGGAGCCGCUUUGACGUUUUAAAAUGGUUGAAUAAAAGUCUACAGACUGAAUUCAACCAGGUGGAGCAAACAUGUUCAGGUGCUUGUUAUUGCCAGUUGAUGCAUUGUCUGUUUCCAAAAUCCAUUGACUUGGAAAAAGUUAAAUUUCAAGCAAAAGAAAAAGAGGAGUUUAUCCACAACUAUCAUCUGCUGCAGGAUAGCUUUGUAAAGGCUGGUGUCAACAAAGCUGUUCCCGUGGAGGAUCUCGUUAGAGGAAGAUUCAAGGCCACCUUUCAUUUCUUAAAAUGGUUCAAGAAAUUCUUCACUGUCAACAACUCGGGGCAGAAGUACAACCCGGUAACAGCACGAAAGGGAGUGGAAAUGGUUCUUGCAAGUCCCUAUGCCCGUUUUUCACAAUCAGAUGAACCAGCAGACAGUACUGAAUCAGUUGUAAUUGAAUCUGACACAGAUGAGGAUACGUGUGCUAAGAGAACCUUAAGUGUCUACAAUGGUGAGUGGGAGACUACCUUCAAUUGGGUGAUGCCAAGUAAGCUUGGACAAAAUUAUGCCUUCUGCAGUAUCUGCGACAUCAACCUCUGCAUCCAGUAUUCAGGCGAAUUUGACCUUAGACGACACCAGAAAUCGAAAACCCAUGUUCGAAAUCAAAGAAAAAUGUCUGGUGGCAACAUCACCACUGAUGCCACCGUUUCCUCGAGUGUGGCUCUUAAGCAGUUCAUCCAGACGCUUGGUGUCUCUGACCUCUUGGGUGAUAAUGAUCAGGUGUCUCACCACAGAACAAAGCUUGUCCUGGGACCACAUUAUCCAGAGGACAUCAAGUCAGUCUGCAGCAAAACCCCUUACUGUGUCUACCUCUAUGGACAGUUAGCUGUGGCCGCUGGACAACAGACUUUAGUGGUACUAGUGGGAUUUUUUGAUGACAAGGCAGCGAAGCACCGUAUUCGGUUCUUGGAUGCUUUUCAGACUUCGGGCAACAAUUCAGAGAAAGCAGUGGUCACUUUCUUGAUCGAGACUUUCAAAAAGUUUGACCUUGCCAGCCAAAACCUGUGUGCUUUUUACAUGGAUGGGUUGGGGGACCACUCUCAGAAAAUAGCCUCUCAGUUGAAGCAACUCAAUCCACACAUAGUGGCCCUUGGUGGGCUGUACAGUCUACCAGAUGCUGCUUGCCAAGCAGGUGUAACUGUGCACUUUCAUGAAGCCAAGGAGUUGAUUCUCAAAAUCCACGCACACUAUACCACCUUCUCCUCUGGCGAUGACGACCUCAAAGCACUCUUCACUGGAGUUCAUGAACUUGAUCAGGCUAUGUGUCCCCAAACCACACUGUGCCAGGCCUUUACGACUCUUGUUCGAAGGGUUGUUGGAAUGUGGCAGAAGCUCGUCUCGUACUUCAGCAGGGAUGCCUCUGGAGAGGAUAAGAGUAUGUUUGAGGAGAUUAGCACGCAGCUGAAAAACCCCAAACUCAGGGUCAUGUUCAUGUUUUUGGACAAUGCUUUAGGGCCCCUGCGCUCCUUUCAGGACCGACUAGAGACACGCGGGACUGCCCGCGCCGAUCUUGUACAGAUCUUGCGUGAAGCCAGUGGCCUUUUGCGUUCUUAUGCUUCCAGCUUCCUGAGACCCCAUGCUGUGAUGCGAUUCCUUAAGGAGCGAAAUGCCGCCCUCCUCACAGACCCCAAGUUCUACCUCUCCACACCUGAGCAGAAUCUGGGCGGGACAGCUGUCGAGGACUUCCUGUCAGAACAUGAAGAAGACAUGGCGGACUUCGUGCAGGCGUUCCAGACAAAGUGUUUGUCCUUCUAUGCUACCCUCACAGCAAGCCUUGCGGAGGGCCUUCCCCUGAGUGAUGGCGUGCUGAGAAGCAUGUCCCAGCUGCUGAGUCCAGAGGGAAGGCUAAAGGUCACCGAGAGCGCGGUCACAGAUCUCGCCACGCAGCUCGGACUCACCAGCACUCCGGAAGAAUCAUUGAAGAUUACAGGUGAAUUCCUUCAGUACCAGUUUGUGGAAGAACAAAAGGGAAAGACAAAGGCAAGCGGUGGUGAGAAUGGCUCUGAGGAUGGAUGUCUUGGUUCUUCAUCAACACUGUCUCUGGAGGAGCACUGGGGCACUUAUCUGAAGACCACAGAUGCUACAUCUACUUUCAGGAAACUGAUGUUGAGCCUGCUGGCUCUCCCCUGCCCACCUUUAGAGGCUGAGAAGGUUUUUGCCCAGGCUGCAUCAAGCGUGGAUAGUUUCCAUUCUGAUGACAGUAUGGUAAGUGACACUGAGGUCAUGAAAGUGGACCUGGUCAGUGAUGGCUCUCACUCAGACAGUGUUAGCUCUCCAAUCAGGAGUGGAAGGAAAAAGAAAUCCCCCAGCAGCAGAAAAGUGAAUGACCUUGCAUGCCCAUUGAGGCCCUGUGCGGUGCGACUUCAAAGGAUAACCAACAUGGCUGUGACUGAGAGUGAUGUGGUGAUCGUGGAGGAUGAUGCCAUUUCGCCCAGCACUGAGGGCGGUGGUAUUAGGGGCUUACACGGGUGGGACAGCAGUUUGCGCCAAAGACCCGCUGUCCGCACAGUCUUUCAGGCAAGCACGGGGACAUGGUCUGAGCCAAAGAGUCUAGAGAAGGAGAAUAAGGACUCCGGAAAAGCAAUGCAGCCCACGCCAUCGCCGGUAAGAAGUGUGCCACAAGCCACAGCGACAAGCACACCUGUUUCUGCAAGUCCUAGUUCCAGAUAUGCAAAGAAGGGACAAAUGUACCAGGACGGCCACGGCUUCAGCCUGGGAGAGCUGGUUUGGGGCAAGGGGAAGGACUUCUCCUGGUGGCCCGGCCUAGUGGUGCUCUGGAAAGGCCAGAGGGCACCCGUGACCAUGAGGAGAGUGGAAUGGUUCGGAGAUGGCAUGUUCUCACAGAUCCAUACAGGGGAACUACUGCCGUUUGCCGCCUUUGCAAAGUGUUUCUGCACCAACUCCUAUGCCAGCUUGCCACUGUAUAAACAUGCCAUUUACCAGGCUCUAGAGCUGGCUGGUGAGCGCUGUGGGAAGUCCUUCUCCUCCACCUCAGGGGACAAAGGGGACGAGCUGCAGGUCAUGCUGGUGUGGGCCUUCGGGGGCUUUCAGCCCACUGGACCCGAUGGGUUCCUCCCGUCCUCUGAAGAUCAUGCAGACAACCCAAAGGAUUCCGACUCGUCCAUGUCUGAUUACCAGCCCCCAGCCAAGAGGAAGUACGUCUCCAAGAACAAAUCCUAUGUUGGGCCAAAGGGGCGAGAGCAUAUCCUCCAAGGGGCUAAUAAAGGAAAAAAGAUUGAAAAUUGGUGCAUAUCAUGUGGAUCAACUGACACGGAGGUUUUGCACCCGCUGUUUGAAGGAAGUCUAUGUGAGAAGUGCAAGAUAAACUUCAUGGAGACGUUGUAUAGAUACGAUGACGAUGGUUAUCAGUCCUAUUGCACAGUGUGCUGCUUUGGCAAAGAGGUGCUACUGUGUAGCAACUCCAAGUGCUGCAGAUGUUUCUGUAGGGAAUGCCUGGACUUCUUGGUGGGCCCGGGCACGUUCGAGGAGCUGAAGGAGGUAGAGCCAUGGAGCUGCUAUAUGUGUCGCCCCCCUGAGAAGUUUGGCGCGCUGAUGCUGCGGCCCGACUGGAGCGUACGAGUCCAGGAAUUCUUCGCUGACAGCGGCUUUUUGCCAUUUAUGCCACAGCGUGUUUAUCCAUCCAUCACUGCCCACCUGCGUCGGCCCAUCAGAGUCCUGUCUAUCUUUGACGGCAUUGCCACAGGCUACCUUGUGCUGAAAGAGCUCGGUUUCAAGAUUGACCUUUACUUAGCUGGGGAAAUCCGUGAUGAUGUAAUCACUGUGGGUGCCGUCAAACACGACGGAAAGAUCGGGUACAUCAAGGAUGUACGCAGCAUCACCCGCAAAAAUUUGGCUGAAUGGGGCCCCUUCGACCUUCUGAUUGGUAGACACCCCUGUAAUGAUCUGUCUAUGGUGAAUCCAGCUCCGGGCAUUGGCCGGCUGUUCUUUGAGUACUACCGCAUGUUGACCAUGAUGAGGCCGCGGGACAAUGACGACCGCCCAUUCUUCUGGCUCUUUGAGAACAUGGUGGGCAUGAGUGCCAAUGACAAGACCGACAUCUCCCGCUUCCUGGAGUCUAACCCCAUCAUGAUAGAUGCCGGUAAUGCCAGCCCAGCUCACAGAGCUCGAUACCAUUGGGGAAACCUUCCAGGAAUGUCCAGGCCUAUGGCUGUUUCUCAAAGUGACAGAGUUAAUCUACAGGACUCUCUGGAGAUCGGACAGAUGGCCAAGUUCAAUAAAGUGAAAACCAACUCCCCCAAGUCCAACUCCUUCAAACAAGGAAAGAUGGGACAACUGUCCGCUACAAUGAAUAGGAAAGAGGACUACCUGUGGUGCAGCGAGUUGGAGAAGGUGUUUCCACGUCACUACACGGACGUGGCCAACAUGGGCCGGGGACAGCGGCAGAAGCUCCUAGGUCACUCGUGGAGUGUUCCAGUGAUACGUAAUCUCUUGGCUCCCCUCAAGGACUAUUUUGCAUGCGAGUAGGAAAAACCUAUUGCUGUUGUGCCUUGCUUUUAUAGCUCCACAAACAAAACAAUACGAAACAAACAAAAACCAGCAAACAGCACCAGAAUCAAUAAUGUAACAUUGCCAACAUGGCUUUACCAGUGCCAGGGUUCAUGAGUUUUAAAUGAAUUAUGAAAUGUUGCCAUCCCUGGGUGUAGGUGUUAAUGUAGUCAUCAUUCACCUGUCUCUUUUAACUUUUUAACACUUACAAUAUUCAACAUACUGUAUAUUUCCGUACUUUUAAAGGUUUUUAGAGGUGUUUUUAAAGUUUUAUAUAAGUCUGUGACUUGGUGAAAGUACAGUGAGGGCGGAUCAAUCAGCAGUGUAAAACCACCAUUGGUAGGUUCUGUAAGCUACAAUUACAUUGAUUUGGGGGAAAUUAAAUAUUCUUUGCCUUUGUA